AUGCCGAAACUCGGGGAAAACCGAGCUGAGGACGACGGCGAUCUGGAGAUUCAGUUCCGAAAAUUCGUCGAAGCCGACGCCUACCAGCUGGAGCAAGAGAAGAGUCAGUCAGGAGAGGAUUUCAUUGAAAAGUUCAGGAGGAGCAUGACUUUCGAUGAAACAGAGAGGAGGUACCCGGUCGCGGUUAUGGCCGACAUCGAAAAGUCAUUCCCUCAGAUUAUGAUCCACGAGGUGGAUAGAGAUGCCUUGCGAUUCCUUUGGGAUCGCACCGAGAGCGGACAGCCACAGACGUUUCGUCUCGCAAGGAACUACUUCGGCCUGGGACCGUCGCCGUUCAUUCUCGCCAUGUGUAUCCGAACGCUGUUGGAGUCCUACUCCGGACCGCACGCAGGAGCAAUCGAGGAAAUCAGCCACAGCUCCUACGUAGACGAUUUGGUGGCUUCGGUUCCAAGUCACAGAGCCGCGGAAACACUCUACAGGGUUGCGGGAGAAACGUUCUUGAAAGGAUCGUUCCGUUGGCGGAAGUGGCUCUCCAGCUCGGAGCACAUGAUGGAGACAUUCAAGAGGGACGCGGUGUCGGUGGAAGAGUCGCCAACGAAGAGACGAAGAGUUCAAAGUGUUGGAGUUGGAUUCGUAGCACCAGUCACCAUGAGAGCGAAGGUCAUAAUGCAGCAGGUCUACAAAAUUCCGAAGAUGAAGUGGAAUGACAAAGUACCUGAAAACAUCGCCCAAGCUGUUCGAAAGUGGGCCGAGGACAUCACCAGGCUAGAUACCGUGGAGAUCCCGAGAUGCUACGGAACAACUGACCGUGAACUAGAAAAGCUCACCGUACACAUAUUUGGCGAUGCAAGCGGAAUCGCGUAUGGUGUGGUCGCGUACUUGGUGGUGGCGGGUCCGGAAGCAGAGGCCCAGUCGAGUUUUCUGAUGGCAAGGUCUCGCAUAGCUCCAAUGGAAAAGGCUAGCAUACCUCGACUUGAACUAAUGGCCAUGUGUCUAGCAGCAGAAACAUGUGCCUAUUUGAUGGAUAGGCUCCGGCUCGAGGUCGGCGAGUACCACUUAUGGACGGACAGCGCGUCGGUCUUUCACCAAGUAAACAGUCAACAGGAAGAGAAGAUGCCGAUCUUCGUCAGGAAUCGAGUGACGGAGAUACGGAAGCUCAUUGGAGAGGCGAAGAUUCAUCACGUGCCAGGAGAGCUCAAUCUGGCGGAUUUGGUCAGCCGGGGAUGUGGAGUCACAGAGCUCAGCCGUUCAUCGUGGUUCGUGGGACCAGAAUUCGUCAAGAAGAGUGUGUCGGAGUGGCCGGCGCAGCCAGAACUACCGAAACUGACGGUUGCACUAGUUACGGCAAACGUGUCGGUAGAGACGGUGUUCGAAAUCGAUCGAUUUGGCUCAUGGUUAAGGCGGAAAAGAUCGAUGGCGAUUGCGUUACGCUUCAUCGACAUCACUCGGAAAAGACGCUCUAGGAACAAGGCGGGUGCGGCACUGGCCGCCGCGGAGCUUAGGAGAGCAGAAGAUGUCAUCAUGCAGCAGCUUCAAAGAGAGGCGUAUGGAAAAGAGCUCAAUUGCGCACGGGGGAACAGGAUCAUGCCCGAGGAGUCAAAGCUGCGCCCAUUGAGACCGAUCUUCCGGGCGGGCUUCCUCCGGCUCGGGAGCCGACUCGCAGAGCAUCAAGGCGACGUGGUGAAGGAUCCGCCCAUCAUUCCGGAGAAACAUCGGGCAACGAUGCUAUAUCUCAAGGAUCUGCACGCAAGGCACUGCCAUGCUGGAAUCAAUCAUUGUUUGGUGGAGGCGAGGAAGAGGUACUGGAUCCCGAGAUGCAGACAGAGAUUGAGACAUAUCAUUCACCAGUGUCAGAACUGCAGGAGGUUUCAGUUGAAGCCGGCAACGGCGAAGGCUGGAGAUCCGCCGGCGCUCAGGGUCUCUCAUUGUACAUACAGCCACACUAUGGAGCGAUCGAAGCAAUAG